AUUCAAAAAUUAUAAACGAUUUUCAACAAAUUUGCUAUAUAUAACACAAAAAUAUUUAAUGAAGAUUACUCGAUCCUAUACCCUACAAAUGCUCCCUAACCUAAAUUUAGAAUGUCCUUUCCACGACUGACCGUUAAAUCAGUUAUUUCCACCAUAAAAAAACACCAAAACUCCCAUCUCCGAACAACUGUCCAAACCCAGGCAUCACAUCGAGAGAGACAGAGAGAGAGAGAGAGAGCAAAAGGGGAAAGGUAGAGAGAGAGAGACUAGUCACUAGAUCUGAGUCCUGCUCUCAUCAGUUCGACUCAUGAAUCAUGAUCCUAUCAAACUAAUAUUUCUCUAAAAAAGUUUUUCAUUAAUUCACUGAAACAAAAUGCCGAUUGAGCUGGUGAAGUGGCUCCUCGAACAGCCUCUCGAGUCCUUCCCCGACGCCCUCCGCACCGCGAUCCUCGAGUGGGUCAUGAUCGUCCUCCUCUUCGUCGACGGCCUCCUCGCCUUCUUCUCCAAUGAGUUCGCCCGCCUCUUCGGCCUCCGCACCCCCUGCCUCCUCUGCACCCGCAUCGACCACGUCCUCGUCUACCGCACCGCUAGCUUCUACUACAACGACUCCAUCUGCGACAUCCACAAGCGCGACGUGUCAUCGCUCGGGUACUGCAGCGUCCACCAGAAGCUCUCCGAUAUCCGAUCCAUGUGCCAGGUUUGAUACAGAUAGAUCAAAUAAAAU